AUCAAACGUGGCUUAACAUACACGACUUUGAUUUUUCUUUCAUUCGAAAAGAUGUGCAACUCUCAAGUUUCAUUGCGUCUUUUGGUUUUAGCCACAUUGCUAUCGAUAGCACUGGCUGGCUAUAGUUCAUCCUCGAGUGAUGAUGACGCCUCGAAAGCAACCAACACAAUUAGCUCUAGUAAAUGUGAUAAGAAUCCUUUGAACGAGCUAACAUUUCAAUUGAGUGGCAGCAAUCUACAUUGGCCCUGUGAUUCAACUAAGAAUAUCUAUGUUCAAUCGGGGCGUUAUGUGCCUAGAAAUGUAAUUGUUACACGGGCACAAUUACAGCGUGAUUCGGCAUUUGUGGCAUUGCCCCGAUAUAAACAGGGUGUUCCAUUCACUCUUGGCAAGGUUAAUCUAAAGAAGGGUGAAUGUUUGGCCAAAAUCGCGCCCUAUCCAUGCUGGGCCAUACAGGAGGAGGGAAAUUGUCAGGCUCUGCAGUCGGUCGUGGAUGUGGCAGUCGAUCAGAAUGGUCUUCUCUGGGUUUUGGAUGUGGGCAUUGUAAAUACAUUGGAGCAACCCAUUCGUCGUUGCAGUCCCAAAAUAGUUGCCAUCAAUACGGCCAAUAAUAAAGUGGUCAAGAGCAUUGAUCUAAGUGAUCUGGUUACCUCCGAGAGCCGUUUGCAGUUCAUUAUCGUUGAUUAUUCGAAAGAUAGCAAACCUUUUGUCUAUGUAGCCGAUGCAGGAGCACGCAGUAUUCUUGUCUAUGACAUUACUGGCAACAAAUCCUAUCGCAUUGUCUUGCCCAAGGCAACAGCACCCACCAAUGAUGUACUUUAUGUCGCCCUGACCUCCAAGCCGGAUGGCACAUCGACGCUAUUCUUUAGCUAUCUCAGCUCACCGCGUCUGUACUCGAUCAAGGGCGAAUACUUACGUGUGGGCCAAGGAGCUGGCUCUAUUAUCGAUGUGGGACCAAAACCCUAUGGCAAGCAGGCUGUUCUUCUGGGUGCCGAUGGUGGUACAUCGCUCUUCUUCCGCUAUAAGGGCGAGAAUGAUAUUUACUUGUGGGACUCGGAGACAUGUUUCAAAGCCUCCAAUUUGCAAGAAGUGCAACGUGGUGGCGAUUGUCGUCUAUCAACUCAAGUUCUGCCAGGUCACAAACGUUUCAUGUGGGCAUUGGAAUCGAAUUUCCACGAUUUCAUUUCGGAUAGAACAGGAUGCAAUGGUGCCUCUAUUGUUCUGCAUCCAGUUGUUCGAGAAUGUGAUGAUUAAAAUGUAAUCUGAACUCAUUUUUAUUUAUGUAGUAGCUAUAAGCCGAAUGUUAAAAUACAAAAUAAAGUUUUUUGUUUUUGAAAUCAGA